CAAUAGUUCUAUCGGGUGUCUCCCACCUCUACCGCGUUUUCACAAAAAAAAAGUGAGGGAAAAGGAAAACAGCAUUUUUCUGGGAGUUUUGCACAAGAAUCACAACAAACAAGGCGCCAUCAUGUCCACGGAGGACUUCUACUUGCGCUACUACGUUGGCCACAAGGGCAAGUUCGGCCACGAGUUCCUGGAGUUCGAGUUCCGGCCGGAUGGCAAGCUGCGCUACGCCAACAACUCGAACUACAAGAACGACACCAUGAUCCGCAAGGAGGCCUUCGUGCACCAGUCCGUGAUGGAGGAGCUAAAGCGGAUUAUCAUCGACUCGGAGAUCAUGCAGGAGGACGAUCUUCCAUGGCCACCGCCAGAUCGCGUGGGCCGGCAGGAACUGGAGAUCGUCAUCGGGGACGAGCACAUCUCGUUCACCACCUCCAAAACCGGAUCCUUGGUGGACGUCAACCGGUCGAAGGAUCCCGAGGGUCUGCGUUGCUUCUACUACCUGGUGCAGGAUCUGAAGUGCCUGGUCUUCUCACUCAUCGGCCUGCACUUCAAGAUCAAACCCAUAUAAGCCAUGUAUUCUACCUUAAACAUAGCCCUUUUAGCAGACACAUUGUAUUUUGUAAUGGAACCUCUACAAUACUUGUACUUGUAUUAGCUAUAACUCCGUACUUCUGUGUACAGUUUACAGUGAAUAAAUAAUGAUUUGAGAAUAA